UGAUGAGCUGGACCCAGUGAUGAGCGAGUAAAAGAAAAAGGAAGUGAAGAAGUGAACUUUGUUUCCAGCAGGUUGCUGUUUGGACCGAAGAUGUUGGCGAGGAUAUGACAGCUGUGCUGUCUGGUGUCGUCCAGGCGGUGACUGACAGAUGCCUUCAUCAUGAUGCUGAGCAGCGCUCUACUAGUUGCCCUCCUGCUCUCACAGGGCAGAGGCUUCCUUAACUCUUCAGAGGAUGACCAUAUCCCCGAGGAGUGGGUGCUGCUUCAUGUGGUCCAGGGCCACAUUGGAGCCGGAAACUAUAGCUACCUGCGCCUCAACCAUGAUGGCAGAAUUAUCCUGCACAUGCAAAGCCUCAAGGGAGAUGCCGACCUCUAUGUGUCGGACAAAACCCUGCGGCCGAGCUACGACACCUACAAGCUGCAGUCGGUAACCUGUGGACAGGACGUGGUUGUUGUACCUGGGGACUUUGCCAGGCCUGUGGGCAUCGGCAUCUAUGGUCACCCGUCACACAAGGAGAGCGAGUUUGAAAUGCGGGUGUUUUACGAUAAGACGGUUCCCCAGGACCCGUUUGAUAAGAGCUCAUACACUUCAGAAGACGGACACAAGCAAAAGAAAUCCCCUCAAACAGCAGAGGACGACUUUCAGGAAGAGGAGUCGAUAUUUUGGACAAUUCUAAUCGGACUUCUGAAGAUUAUUCUUGAGAUUUUGUUUUGAAAACGGUUCUCCUGCCUUGCUGCUGUGACAGAGGGAGGAGAUUUGGCUUUCUCUGAUGAUUAUUUUUCUUUCAUUUUUUAAGGAUAAGAAAAGUGUCACACCAAACUCCAUUUGUAAUUUAGGCUUUUUAAUAUCUCCUUACUUAUGAUCAAACACACUUCUUUGAUUAAAAGAGUACAGAUAAAUGAUGGAGUUUCAUGUUAAAACAUGUUGACAGAUCACUAGGCUUAAUUUAGCAGGGUGAAUCGUGAGCCAGAUUAAUCACAGAUGGCACGAUUGGUUUUUUUGUCUUUAAUUAGGCAAAAGGAAGUUUAGUAAGGUGAAGGGCAGGCACAUGUUUAUUGGUGGUUUAAAUUGGUCACUGUUAUAAAUUUCUAGAUUAACUCGUAUUCAACCACAGGGAGGAAUAUUUCUGGAGUUGUGAUGGAUAUGUUCAGAUCCUUUCAAGGUUAUCUUAAUACAACACUCACAUAUCAAUUGUAACCUUCAAGAAUUAUUGGUCACUGUUUUGAUUUCUCAUUUCCAUAUGAGGUACAAGGCUUGCUGGGAAGUUCAUACUUAGUAAUAAUACCUGAAUACGUUUUCCAUAUGUUUCAGUUUCAUACGAAUGAAGGGGGUUUAAUGUUAUUUAAGAGGAUGCUAGUACAUACAGUUCAAUUGAAUUAGGUACUCAGGUCCUGGUUUGAAAAAAGUAAUAAUAUAAAAUACAACAAUAGUGUAAUAAAAGGAUAAACUCUGUUUUAAAAAAAAAAAAAGAACUCAUUGGCAGAAAUCUUGGCUAUUAACAAAAAAUGUAUCAAAAGUGAUUAGAGUUCCAAUUAAUUUAAACAAUACAGGUUUUUCAUCAAAAAUGUCUAAAUGAAAUUUUAGUUUGUUCAUUUCUUGUAAACCCAAAAUAAUAAUUAGAACUCAUUCUGCACUAUAAGGUGUUAACUUCUUGUGCAUUCCAUGAAAUGCUUUCAAUUUUUGGACUCCCUUCCCAGACACUCCUGUAACACAUAGGACUUCUGAGCAUGCUAGCCGUUUUAUUUCAUGAACAAUUGAAUGUUUCUUAUUUGGCAGUGUUGGCUACCUUGUAUGGAUAGCAAUAAUAAUUCCCUCUGUAGCUUUCUGAUUGUAAAAGAAACACCUAAAUAUGAGGAAUACAAUAGCUUUUCAUGGGAACUUUACUCUGGCCCCAUACUGGAUGAAAAGAUGUGCGAGGACAGACCUGAAGAUGGCAAAUGUAUUUGUUUACCAGAAAACGAAUAACUCUCCGUCUACAAAGGGCUCGUGAGUGUUGUAUUAUGAUGAAUUUGAACCAAUCCUUUAACUCUAUUUCAAAUCUUGAAAUCUAAUUUAGCAUCAGAAGGAUCAUUGUUGAGCUUGACCUGCAAAUGAAUGGAGCUGCUUUUCUUAACUCUGCAUAUCAACGCCUGACAAGACGUCCGGGUGUAAAUAAGUUAGCAAUACAGUCAUUGUCAGCUGUUUUGAGCUGAACAGACAGGAGGCUCCUACAGGACAGGUUUAUAGAUAAACAUGAAGCCUGAAAAGGAUAGCACUGAAAAAGAAGGAUAAACCUGUGAUUUACACCAAAGCAGAUCGUUUAGUUUACUAAGAAGUUAAAGCAAAGAGUCUGCUGUUCAAAGUUUUAAUUCGCCGUUUACAGCAGUGUUUACUUAUAUCUGAGCCCUGUGGAUUAAAAACACUUUGCUAUCAAUCUGUUAACAUUAUUAGGAACAUUUAACUCAAUGUUUAAGGCUCAACUUUUUCUUCUUUUCACCUGUUGGACAAACUUCUGAUGCUGCGUUUGAGUUCAGUUCAGAGUUAACACGUGACCGCUAAGCAGAAAUGUUCAACAGUGCCUUCUGAUCAAUCCUCUGCUGUUGUCCUGUUUUUCUGGAGACGAUUCAGUCAGGUUUCUAAAUAAAGCAGCUGUCAUACAGACUGUUUAUCAAAUA